AUGAUUAUCUGUGCCACAGAUGGAUACAUUAUUUCAGCAAUUGGACCAUAUCUUUCAGAUUGGUACAGCAAUGAUGCAGCGAUAAUUAAACAUAUUUUAUUAAAUAAUAAAGAAGAAGUUCAAGAUUGGCUCGUCGAAAAAGACAUAAUCAUCGUCGACAGAGGGUUUCGUGAUUGCUUGGAUCUUGUUAAUUCCUUUGGUUAUACAACAUUUUUGCCUUUGUUUCUACCGAAAUCGAAGAAGCAAUUUAGUACUAGUGAAGCUAACAACAACCGAUUCGUUACUGCCCUGCGUUGGGUGGUAGAGUCUGUAAAUGGACGUAUUAAAACAUUUAAAUUUUUCGAACAUGUCGUGCAAAACUCAUCUCUUCUUUACGUUCACGGUUAUUUUUCGAUCAGGAAAAAAUUGAACGACAAAGAACGGAAUAAGUCCAAACAUUGGAAAAAAAUUAAUGCUGAUGAUUGUAUUACAGAUUUUCCAAAACUAACUGAAGCCGAUCUAAAAUAUUUUACAUUAGGUGUCUUCCAGCUGAAACAGGCUCGUAGUUAUAAUUUAGAACAUAUUUCGGAAGAUGGUCAAUAUGAGAUUCAUGUAUGUAAGCAACAACAAAACUUACUUCGAGCCAACCUGCAAAGUAAACAUUCGAAUCGAAAGGAUUACAACGUUCUUAUUCAAUACAAUGAUCAAACUGUGAUAGCUGCUUGUUGUGCCUGUCGAAAUGAGAACCGGAACAUUGGCUGUUGUAGUCACAUUGCAAGUAUUAUAUGGUAUUUAGGAAUUGCUCGACACACCAAGCAUAAAUACUUGAAUCACCGAUCAUCAUCCUACAUGAAGCUAUUUGAAGAGGCUGCAGAGGUAUCGGAUCUAUCGUCUGAUGAAGAAGAUGAUGAUGCAAUAUUAUAUUCAUUAGCAUGA